AUGGCCAAGACAGUGCUCCAGCUUCAGGACCUCGUCGCGAAGCUGGAGAACGAGUUGGAACUCUCCAAGUUCCUGAACAAGGGUGUCUUACAGACGAACCUUGAGUACAAGGCGCGAAUAGCGGACCUCGAGUACGAAAACGACGUGCUGCGCAAGGCGGAGUCGCGGCUCGCAGCAACCGAGGAAGACCUCGAGCGGGCUGUCGCAAAAGCCGAAGCGCUCGAGGACCGCCUUGUCGAGGAGGAAAGGCGCACGCAGGCCGCUUUGCAGCGCGAGGCUGCGGCCCUGGAGAAGGCCUCCGCUGCCGCCGCCCAGCGACCACGCAGCAGCAAUGGCAGCACGAUGACGUUCCAGGACAAGCUGAGGAAGGUUGAGUGGGAGGCCGAGUGGGAGGAUACCAUGCGCGGCAUCGAGGAGGAGAAGGCGGAGUGGCAACAGAAGUACGAGCAGCUCUCAAGCCUGCUUGCGCCCGUCAUCAACGCCCUCAACGAGGGAAGAUCGAUCGGCAUGACCCCGAAGCGGCUGAAGACGGCCCCGAAAGGACGUCCCAGCGUCAACGGACGGAUGAACGGCGCGAACGGCACAAAUGGCCAUCUCACGAACGGUCGCGCCCAUCUCGUCAACGGCAACGGGCGCUCCACCCCACACACCGCCCGCCCAGCCUCACGCCCUUCGACGACUACAUCCGCCUCUACGUCCUCCUCGCGUCCUGCUAUUCAAAACCGCAAGUCUGGAAGCGACAAUGACGAUGACUUCUUCCACCCGAAAUCGACUCCUGGUAGAAUCACGAAGGCGAGCAAGAUCGGUGGACAGCAGAGCGUGCGCAGAAAGCAGUAUGGAGAUGACUGGAGCGACGUUGACACGGAUGCCGAGGUCAAGAGCGAGCCUGACAGUGACUAUGAUAAGACUUGA